CAAUCUUCCAUUUGAUUUUGUUAUAAAGAUAAAUUACCUUACCAAAAAUAGUUUUUUCAUUUUUCCGUUAAAUGUCACAAUAUUUCCCAGAGUCCCCAACCCAAAUUCCACAACACACCCACAGAGGCCACAGCCAUGGAAGGCAUAGAGCACAGAACAGUGAACGUCAACGGCAUCAACAUGCACGUCGCGGAGAAGGGUGACGGCCCGGUGAUUCUCUUCCUCCACGGCUUCCCGGAGCUCUGGUACUCGUGGCGGCACCAGGUGGUGGCUCUGGCGGCGCUCGGCUACCGCGCGGUGGCGCCCGACCUCCGGGGCUACGGCGACACCGACGCGCCCCCCGCAGCCGCGGGGUACACGGCGCUGCACGUCGUGGGCGACCUGAUAGCGCUGCUGGACGCGAUCGCCGGCGGCGAGGACAAGGUGUUCGUGGUGGGUCACGACUGGGGGGCGGUGGUGGCAUGGUACCUCUGCCUCUUGCGGCCAGAUAGGGUUAGGGCUUUGGUGAACAUGAGCGUCGUGUUUCCCCGCAGAAACCACAAGUGGAAACCUCUAGACGUCUUGCGCGCUGUGUACGGCGAGGAUUACUACAUGUGCAGAUUCCAGGAAGCUGGAGAAAUUGAAGCUGAAUUUGCCCAGAUUGGUACUGAGAGGGUUCUCAAGGAAUUCCUGACAUACCGCAACCCUGGUCCCCUCUAUUUACCCAAAGGUAAAGCGUUCGGGCACUCGCCCGAUACUCCAAUUAUUCUGCCGUCUUGGCUGUCUGAGGAAGACCUACAUUACUACUCGAGCAAAUACGAGAAGAAAGGCUUCACUGGAGGAUUGAACUACUAUAGAGCAAUGAACCUGAACUGGGAACUCACCGCAGCUUGGACUGGGACUCAAAUAAAAGUACCAGUUAAGUUCAUAGUGGGAGAUCUGGAUCUGACUUACAAUGCACCAAGAACCAAGGAACACAUCCAUAAUGGCGGAUUCAAACAGGAUGUGCCAUUUUUGCAGGAAGUGGUGGUGAUGGAAGGAGUCGCUCACUUCAUCAACCAGGAAAAGCCUGAUGAGAUCAACAAACACAUAUACGACUUCAUCAGAAAGUUCUAAUUUGCUUUUGCUUUUUCUGCACCUGCGUGUGUAUUUCACUUCUUUUGUGGUGGGUGGUGGUGGUGGUGUUGGUGAUGAGCAGGGGACCCAAAGUGUGCUUAUAAGGUGCCCUCUUUGAGUCGCUUAAUAAACUGGUGGGUGGCACAAGGCACUGUGCCCCUUCUUGGACAAGUUCAUGUCAUACUAUCAACCAAUAUGUGUAAAAGAAGCCCCAAAAAGCUAUAUGCAUUGAGAAUGGUUCUAUGGGAAAAGCAGAGAAUGCAUUUUAACUA